UAUUGAUAGUCCCUGUAUGCUGCUAAGAUUGUCUUCACUGAUAUAAUAUAAUCCCAGAAUAAAAAAAAAAGUCAAAUAGGUCCAACGAGACAAGGAAUAUAUAUAGGAGUUCUCUAAUGCAAGGAGGCACUCCCAUUCGCGAGCCGUGUUUUAGCGGCUGAAGUUACUUUUCUAAUGCACAGAUGAGGCAUUACUCCUACGCUAUCCACCUGCUUUUAGCGUUUAUGACCCGGAAUAAGUACGAGACGUCAGACGUGUAGGAAUGGGGUGUUUGGGAACAAAGCUGUACAUAGUAAUACUGGUUUUACUUCAGAGAGACAGCUUUGGUCGUUUGUCUUACCUGAGCACCUUCAGCUCUAAAAACCAUUCUACCUCCAGAUAAGUAGCACAAGAACAGGCAGGCAGGAUCAGGCUUCACCAGCCUCAUCCAUGGAUGACGACAGAGCUGAUACGAACAAGCCAGAUGAGGUUCUUCUUCCAGGCUUCCGGUUCCAUCCUACAGAUGAAGAGCUCAUAAGCUUUUACCUCAGGAGAAAGAUUCAGCAAAGACCUCUGUCCGUUGAGCUCAUUAGGCAGCUGGACAUCUACAAGUAUGAUCCAUGGGAUCUCCCAAAGCUUUCGAGCUCCGGGGAGAAGGAAUGGUACUUCUACUGCCCAAGGGACCGGAAGUACCGGAACAGUGCCAGACCAAACAGAGUCACAGGAGCUGGAUUCUGGAAAGCAACCGGAACAGAUAGGCCAGUUUACUCUUCUGAAGGGGCCAAGUGCAUAGGCCUGAAGAAGUCUCUUGUCUUUUACAAAGGGAGAGCGGCGAAAGGAAUCAAGACUGAUUGGAUGAUGCAUGAGUACAGGCUUCCUUCACUCGGCGACCCCUCACGCCCUAAUAAAACACCAAAAGACAAAAAUAUUCCAGCCGAUGAUGCAUGGGCCAUUUGCAGGGUAUUCAAAAAGCCUAAUUCUGUGGCACAAAGAGUGCUAUCUCGCUCAUGGGGUCCUGCAUCAAUUGCAACAGCAGACCCAGAGCUGUUACCUGCUUUGCAGUCCAUACAAGCUUCCCGUUUUGCAUUGGAAACCUCCACUUGCUCAGCAAAUCGAUUCAACAGCCAACAGCAGCAGAAUCUUAGCAGUUCACAGGAUGGUUCUUCAUGUAAAGUCAUAACUUUCAACCGUAGCCCAUAUCUACCAUCAGAGAAAGACAUCCACAGUAGUUCAGUCGUCAUCUUGCCGUUAGAAAUACAAUCUCAGCAGAAAUCAUCAGAUGUCACAUCAGCGCUGCUAAGCAUGGCCCCUGGAAUACUCAGCAGUGCGAAUGAAGCUAUACCAAACACAGAGUUUGGACUGCUUGGACCAUCUAAUGGAUAUCCCAUUGAUUGGGCUACAGACACGAGUGGAGGUAUUGUAAAUAGUGAUGAUGACCCAUACAAAAGAAAAUCUGGUAACGGAUACAGCUCAGGCUACGAGUGUGGAAUCCCACGAAAAAUAAAAUUCCCAUUUAAUUUAGGGGUAGGUUCGCCAGAUGAUUGGGCAAGCAACAUGCCAUGUGAUUCUCUCCCUUGUUCCCCACCUUCCGAAGAAACUUCCAAUAGCAACUCCACUGAAAAAUAUUACGCAUAGUAAGAUGUACAGCAAGAGCUCCUUAGCAGAAGACCACCUAUCGCAUAUUUUCAGUUAGCUUCAUAUCUCACAGAAAUACCCAUGUUAACAGCAAAGGUAUCAGAGUGAAGAAUAACUAGGUAAUAAUAUAUUCAGCUGUUUACUAAUUAUGAAUUACCUACCUUAUAAUUUCGCAGAAAAUUAAAGGUGUGC